AUGGCUAGUGCGCCCUUGCCUGGGCCCCCCGCGUCGGCGGGCGGGGACGGCCCGAACCUCAAUAACAACAACAACAACAACAACAACCACAGCGUGCGCAAGUGCGGCUACCUGCGCAAGCAGAAGCACGGCCACAAGCGCUUUUUCGUGCUGCGCGGCCCCGGCACGGGCGGCGACGAGGCAUCGGCGGCUGGGGGGUCGCCGCCGCAGCCUCCGCGGCUGGAGUACUACGAGAGCGAGAAGAAGUGGAGGAGCAAAGCGGGCGCGCCGAAGCGAGUGAUCGCGCUCGACUGCUGUCUGAACAUCAACAAGCGCGCGGACGCCAAGCACAAGUACCUGAUCGCCCUCUACACCAAGGACGAGUACUUCGCGGUAGCGGCGGAGAACGAGCAGGAGCAGGAGGGCUGGUACCGCGCACUCACGGACUUGGUCAGCGAAGGCCGCUCUGGCGAUGGGGGCUUGGGCACCUCCGGCGGCUCUUGCAGCGCCUCUCUCCCGGGAGUCCUGGGCGGCUCGGCGGGCGCCGCUGGCUGCGAUGACAACUACGGGCUCGUGACGCCCGCCACGGCCGUCUACCGCGAGGUGUGGCAGGUGAACCUGAAGCCUAAGGGACUGGGCCAGAGCAAGAACCUGACUGGUGUGUACCGCCUAUGCCUGUCUGCCCGCACCAUCGGCUUCGUGAAACUCAAUUGCGAACAGCCGUCGGUGACGCUGCAGCUUAUGAACAUUCGCCGCUGCGGCCAUUCGGACAGCUUCUUCUUCAUCGAGGUGGGCCGUUCGGCCGUCACCGGUCCCGGCGAGCUAUGGAUGCAAGCCGACGACUCGGUGGUGGCGCAGAACAUCCAUGAAACCAUCCUGGAGGCCAUGAAGGCACUCAAGGAGCUCUUCGAGUUCCGGCCUCGCAGCAAGAGUCAGUCGUCCGGGUCGUCAGCCACGCACCCCAUCAGCGUGCCGGGCGCGCGCCGCCACCACCACCUAGUCAACCUACCCCCUAGCCAGACCGGCCUGGUGCGCCGCUCGCGCACUGACAGCCUAGCGGCCACCCCGCCAGCAGCCAAGUGCACUUCGUGCCGGGUUCGUACGGCCAGCGAGGGCGACGGUGGCGCUGCAGGCGGAGCGGGGGCGGCAGGAGGCAGGCCGAUGUCGGUGGCGGGGAGCCCCCUGAGUCCCGGGCCGGUGCGCGCGCCCCUUAGCCGCUCGCACACCCUGAGCGCCGGCUGCGGAGGCCGCCCGAGCAAAGUGACUCUGGCGCCGGCAGGGGGAGCCCUGCAACACAGCCGCUCCAUGUCCAUGCCCGUAGCGCACUCGCCGCCUGCAGCCACCAGCCCAGGCAGCCUGUCCUCCAGCAGUGGGCACGGCUCCGGCUCUUACCCGCUGCCUCCUGGCUCCCACCCGCACCUGCCUCAUCCUCUACACCACCCCCAAGGCCAGCGUCCGUCCAGCGGGAGUGCCUCCGCCUCGGGCUCCCCCAGCGACCCGGGUUUCAUGUCCCUUGACGAGUAUGGCUCCAGCCCUGGCGACCUGAGAGCCUUCAGUAGCCACAGAAGCAACACACCUGAGUCAAUCGCGGAGACCCCGCCAGCCAGAGACGGCAGUGGGGGCGAACUCUAUGGGUACAUGAGCAUGGAUAGGCCCAUGAGCCACUGCGGCCGCCCUUACCGUAGGGUCUCAGGGGAUGGGGCCCAGGACCUGGAUAGAGGACUGAGGAAGAGGACUUAUUCUCUAACCACGCCUGCCCGGCAGCGGCAGGUACCUCAGCCUUCCUCUGCCUCUCUAGAUGAGUACACUCUCAUGAGAGCCACCUUCUCUGGCAGUUCAGGUCGCCUCUGCCCAUCCUUCCCCACGUCCUCUCCCAAAGGGGCCUACAACCCUUACCCAGAGGACUAUGGAGACAUUGAGAUUGGUUCUCACAAGAGCUCCAGCAGUAACCUUGGGGCAGAUGAUGGCUACAUGCCCAUGACCCCUGGGGCAGCCCUCAGGAGCGGUGGCCCCAGUAGCUGCAAGAGCGAUGACUACAUGCCUAUGAGCCCCACCAGCGUGUCUGCCCCCAAGCAGAUCCUGCAGCCGCGUUUGGCAGCGGCCUUGCCCCCCUCCGGAGCAGCCGUGCCAGCACCCCCUUCAGGGGUGGGCAGGACCUUCCCAGUGAACGGAGGCGGCUACAAAGCCAGCUCCCCAGCGGAGAGCUCCCCAGAAGAUAGCGGGUACAUGCGAAUGUGGUGUGGCUCUAAGCUGUCCAUGGAGAACCCAGACCCUAAGCUGCUCCCCAAUGGGGACUACCUCAACAUGUCCCCCAGCGAGGCAGGCACCACAGGGACCCCACCUGACUUCACAGCAGCUUUGCGUGGAGGCGGUGAGGGUCUCAAAGGCGUCCCUGGCCACUGCUACAGCUCUUUGCCCCGCUCUUACAAGGCUCCCUGUUCCUGCAGUGGAGACAAUGACCAGUAUGUGCUCAUGAGCUCCCCUGUGGGCCGGAUCUUGGAAGAGGAGAGACUGGAGCCCCAGACCACCCCGGGGGCUGGCACCUUUGGGGCAGCUGGAGGUAGUCAUACCCAGCCUCAUCACUCAGCAGUGCCUUCCUCCAUGAGGCCAAGUGGCAUCGGUGGCCGCCCUGAAGGCUUCUUGGGCCAGCGCUGUCGGGCAGUGCGGCCCACACGCCUAUCGCUAGAGGGACUGCAGACCCUUCCCAGCAUGCAAGAGUAUCCUCUACCCUCAGAGCCCAAGAGUCCUGGCGAGUACAUCAACAUUGACUUUGGUGAGGCGGGUACCCGUCUGUCUCCGCCUGCCCCCCCACUACUGGCAUCCGCGGCCUCAUCUUCUUCACUGCUCUCGGCCAGUAGUCCUGCUUCAUCCCUGGGUUCAGGUACCCCAGGCACCAGCAGCGACAGCCGGCAGCGCUCUCCGCUCUCUGACUAUAUGAACCUGGACUUCAGUUCUCCCAAGUCCCCUAAGCCUAGCACCCGCAGUGGGGACACAGUGGGCUCCAUGGAUGGCCUUCUCUCUCCAGAGGUCUCAUCCCCAUACCCACCGCUGCCCCCACGUCCUUCCGCUUCCCCUUCCUCCUUACAGCAGCCUCUGCCACCUGCCCCAGGAGACCUAUACCGCCUGCCUCCAGCAUCAGCUGCCACAUCCCAGGGUCCCACUGCUGGCUCCUCAAAGUCCUCUGAGCCUGGAGAUAAUGGUGACUAUACCGAGAUGGCCUUUGGUGUGGCUGCCACUCCGCCACAACCUAUCGCGGCACCCCCAAAGCCAGAAGGUGCCCGAGUGACCAGUCCCACAUCGGGCUUGAAGCGGCUAAGUCUCAUGGAUCAGGUAUCUGGGGUGGAGGCCUUCCUUCAGGUCAGCCAGCCCCCUGACCCCCACCGGGGUGCUAAGGUCAUCCGUGCAGACCCACAGGGGGGACGUCGUCGCCACAGUUCAGAGACCUUCUCCUCUACCACCACCGUCACCCCAGUGUCCCCAUCCUUUGCCCACAAUUCCAAGCGCCACAAUUCGGCCUCUGUGGAAAAUGUCUCUCUCAGGAAAAGCAGUGAAGGCAGUGGCAUCCUGGGAGGAAAUGAUGAGCCGCCCACAUCCCCAGGACAGGCACAGCCCUCGGCAGCUGUGCCCCCAGUGCCACAGGCUAGGCCGUGGAACCCCGGUCAGCCUGGAGCUUUGAUUGGCUGUCCUGGAGGCAGUAGUUCUCCCAUGCGCAGAGAGACCUCCGUGGGUUUCCAGAACGGCCUCAACUACAUCGCCAUCGAUGUGAGAGGCGAGCAGGGGUCGUUGGCGCAGUCUCAACCGCAGCAUCCGCAGUCAGGAGACAAGAACUCCUGGGGCCGGACCCGUAGCCUUGGGGGUCUCCUCGGCACCGUCGGAGGCUCUGGAGCCAGCGGAGUGUGUGGGGGUCCAGGCACUGGAGCCUUGCCCUCUGCCAGCACCUACGCAAGCAUCGAUUUCCUGGCCCAUCACUUGAAGGAAGCCACAGUUGUGAAAGAGUGAAGCGCUACCGGCUCCAUCACUGCCGAGUUGAAAACUGAAUCCAUUCAAAGGAGAUGCUUAGCAUGUUUCCAACCAACUCUGCCCUCUUUCCUCUCAACGGGAGCAAUUCUACAUUCUGAGACUUCUGUGAAUUAGAUAAGGAACCAAGAGGCAGGUCCGCCUCUCAGCUGUCCCCAUCCGCCUGCCCUCUUCGCACGGUUUGCGUUGCGUUUCGUUUCCUUUGUAAAGUAACGGACUGACGGAGUACACUCCGGGAGAUUGGACGUCUCCGACGUUGGCCUCCACAAGUCCUGGACAUUGCUGUCAUUUCUCUUGUUACUUUUUCAUUUUGACAAAGCGGAUUAAUCCCUCAGCAUGCAAGGAGAUGCUGUAAUACACAUGGAAGUGGUCAAAUCUGGUAUUUACUGGCUUACAGUCAAAACUACCACAGUCCUACCUCAGUUCAGGGUGAAGCCGGAUUGUUUGGCAGGGUACAGGGCGGCUCUGCCCCAGGAUCACAUACUGACCUCCAUCUCUCUGUUAAGUAGAUGUGGACCACAGUCCAGGUACCUGAAACGUUUCCCUACGCACAGAGCCCGGUGUGGGACUGACAAUUCUCCGUGGGAUUGGACUUGAAGAUGGAUUAAUCCUAGUAAUUCCUAAAUGUGAUUGGAGCAGCCUCCUUUUGGAGAUCAUCAGCCGUAUUUGGGGUAGGGGUGGGGAAGGGUGGAUCUUUCUUUGUAUCUUUACGAGGCUUGUUGACUCCUCUCUCUGUAGAUGUUCAUGUAAGUACUUCAGAUUGCAAAAGCCUUUUCUCCCCCCUCCACAAGCCUCCUGUCUCUGAAUCUUAGCUCGCAUUCCUCAAACCAAAAACUCAACGUAGGCAUGCUCACAGCUCAAGGCUGGUUUGGGUUUUUGUUUUUUUUAAAUAUAUUAUCUCUGACAUAAUGUUACUUUUGUUGGCCAACAAGGUUGCCCUGAACAGGAGGGGAGGCAUUCCAGCCGUUGUGCUAUUAAUGGCAAAAAAAGAAAACCAUCUCCCUCCCUACACUCGCCUGUCAACGGUUCUUGACAGAGACUACCCUGGUUCUGUUGUCAGUGUUCUGGAAAUGUCAGUGUUGUGGAAUUGUUUCACAUGUCACCUAGAAGGGCUGAGCUUGCCGGCAAAAUCGCCAUCGCCUUGCUGCUCCGUCACAGGGCUGGAGGCCCUGCCUCCCUGACCCCCACUUCCCAGUGCCUGUCUCCAUAGUCCAUAGAGGCUACAUUAACUCUUGGAAAUGUGAGUUGCUGGUUUAUUUUUUAUCGUUGUUUUUGUUUGGGAGAGUAUAUAUAUAUAUAUAUAAAUAUAUAGAUAUAUAUCACUAUAGAAUAAUGCAUUGGUAAGAUAAAGAAGGGGCUUUUAGAGAACGACCAAAAAAAAAAAAAUUCCAUGUCUUAAAAAAUAUAUUUAACGGCGAUGCAGCUGUCUUCCCGCUUCCAUUGCUGAGCUUGUAGAAGAAGGUUGUAUUGCCAGACAAAGUUGAAUGUAAAUUGACCUCCCCCCACCCUGCACGAAUUCUCAAGGUUUCCCUUCCUGCAGUUACACACCUUAGCAGUACACAGCACUUGGGUGGAAGUCCAUUCUGGUGUGUGCUAUACUUUACUGAGAUGUUAAAGGGUCUCCUGAAAUCUUACCUAGUGUUGACGAGGAACCUGUGCUGUUUGCUGUGUAACUGAAUCCCCCAGGGACCUUAGAGCUGAUCUGCUGACUGCAGCGCGGUGAGGCAGUUGUGACAUGCCCUCCAUGCUAGGAACGGUCACUGCAGGACACAGAUGGCACAUGUCCCCGAUGCAGCUGACUUGAGCAAAAAGAGAAAUCAAGAAUACAUUAAAUUCCCCUCAUCCUGUACAUUUCAAGAAGAGCAGGCAUAUGCAAUAUUUACAUCCUUAAUUUAGUUUACAGUAAUGGAACCAAAAUGUGUGAGUGUUACCUUUGCCACACUUCAUGCUGUAUAUUGGGUCUUUGUACAUUUUUUGCUUGACUUAAUCUUAAAUUUAAACUAUUUUUUUGCUAUAUAAACUUUAACAGUUAUUAAACAGUGUUUUCUUUGGGUACAUGUUUCCUGGAUAUCAAGAUGUUAAAUAUAUUUCUCGCUAUUGUGUUUCAAAAAGAGACUCACCCUCCCUGUUGUCUUCCGCUGUACAUGCUGUAUAUAGGGGUCACGUGAUGCCGCUGAAGACAAGGAUAAACUGGAGUAGUUUAGUAUGCUGUAUUUAGUCUGUAUUGACCAUGGAUGCCCUCCUUAAUAGCCAUAUGCAAUAAAAUAAAAAUACAUUAUUUAUGAAAUGAA